AUGGGCUCAGAACUGGUGGAGGAAGCAGCAGAGAAAAUCAGAUUAAUUAGAGAUAGAUUAAAAGAUGUUCAGGACCGCCAGCAAAAGUAUUAUGACCCCAAGCAUAGAGGAGUAGAGUUUGAUGUGGGUGCCUUUGUAUUCUUGAAGGUUAAACCUAUGAAGGGUACAACUAGAUUUGGUAAGGGAGGCAAAUUGAGUCCUAGAUUUAUUGGACCUUUUGAAAUUGUUGAAAGAAUUGAAAAAGUUGCUUAUAGACUUGCUCUUCCAGCUGACAUGUCAGAUAUACAUAACGUUUUUCAUGUGUCACUGCUAAGAAAAUGGGUUACAGAUACCCAUCAACGAAUCUCACAUGAAGAUAUUGAGCUACAGAAGAAUCCGACUUAUACGGAAGAACCAGAAAGAAUACUAGAUUUUGAUAGUAAACAGUUCAGAAAUCGCCAGAUUCCUUAUGUUAAAGUAAAAUGGAAAUAA